CGCCGUCCAAACCACACCACAGGAUAAACCCCUUCCGGACCAAACGAAAGAAAACCCCUCCACACCCACCAUUCCUCUGCCGCCCCCAACCCGUUCGGCGAAAUGCCGCCGCCGCUCUCCCUCUCGCUCCCCUCCCCGCCGCCGCCCCUGCUCCAGCCCCACUCCCUCCUCCCGCACCAAGCCAAGGCAUUCCACUCCCUAACCCUAGCCCCGGCCCGGAUGCCGUCGGUGCCCGCUUCCUUCGCCUGCUCCGUCGUCCCCGCGCGCCACUCCGACUACUUCGACCCCCGCGCCCGCGCCCCGCCCCCGCCUCCGCGCGACGAGUACGGCGAGCCGCCCCCGCCCCCGCUGGCCCCGGGGCAGGGAGGGCAGAGCGGGCGGGUCUACGCCAGCUACAGCAUCUACAAGGGCAAGGCGGCGCUGUCCUUCGACCCCAGGCCGCCGCAGUUCGUGCCGCUCGAUUCUGGGGCGUACAAGGUGGCCAAGGAGGGGUUCGUGCUGCUCCAGUUCGCGCCCGCGGUGGCCGCCCGGCAGUAUGACUGGACUCGCAAGCAGGUGUUCUCGUUAUCUGUGUGGGAGAUGGGAACCUUGCUUACUCUUGGUCCAACAGAUUCGUGUGAGUUCUUUCAUGACCCUUUCAAGGGAAGGAGCGAUGAAGGUAAAGUGCGCAAGGUUCUAAAGGUUGAGCCAACACCAGAUGGCAACGGUCGCUUUUUCAAUCUCAGUGUUCAAAACCGUCUUCUGAACAUUGAUGAGAGCGUUUACAUCCCCAUAACGAAAGGAGAAUAUGCGGUCAUCGUGUCGACUUUUAAUUACAUCAUACCACACAUCAUGGGGUGGAGCACAUUUACAAACUCUAUCAAGCUUGAGGAUUCACAGCCAUACAGUAGGCCGCAGUCCUCGCCUGAACUUGAGUGGCGAAGGUGACGAGUGAUGCUAUUGAGUGGAGCUGGCAACAAUUAAGAGGAUGAAAUUCUUGGUGGUGUUCCUUUCAGAGAAGAAAUUCUUGGCGGUGUUGUUCGAAUUUUUUUUUGCUGGGCAAUAUCUGGUGUAGUUAGUUAAUGAACAAAUGCCUUCUGGUUCCUGCCUAUUUCUUUUGUCUCUCCUUACAGCAGUCUCACAGGUUCUGCCACAGAUCCCAAAUCCGUUGUCUCUGCCACAGAUCCCAGUACUCACUUCGGAGUUGCAGCCUGACAGGCAAUGCAAAGGCCCCUAGUGAAGUGAAUAUGCGACAUGUGACUACAAAGGAUUCCUAGUUCUAUCUUGCUAAUGAUAUUUGUCUCGAUUCAAUGUCUGACUCUUAAUUCAGGAAUGGCUUACAUGAGAUUAUUACAGUGGUAGUUAUUGCCUUGA